AUGCCUGUGCAUCCAGUCGAUGGAGGGAAUUAUGAAUCGGAGUACAUUCAUAGUUUGAUCAAUCAAAUGAUCGCUGGAUAUCCCAUCGAAACUCUGGUUACAUAUGGAGUAAAUCGUGAGCUUCAACGAUUUCGGAAUAUUGUGGCCAAUUCCGUUGAACAAACGUUAACGGAGGAGUUUAAAGUACCAAUUGUUGUUUGGGGACUAAGACGCAAUGUCAAUUUGCGCAAUUUACUGGGCUACAAAACUAUGAUCUGCGUUAGCAUUACUAGUGUUAUCCCCGCAGAGGAGCCCAUUUUUGAUGCCCUAACCGAUGGAUUGGCAGGCUUGCACUACGUUCCAAUGCUCUUUAUAUACAGUCGAUUGGAAAGCAUAAAGCCAACCAAAGUGCAGUUGAACAUAUUUUUCGCCUGGUGCUGGCGGCACAGGUUCACCAAUGUAUUCAUCACCUUUCAGCAUAUUGUUGAUACUAAAUCUUAUAAACCCUCUUGGUACAACGAACUGCAUUCCUACACACCGUUUCCUGAACUCACUCUUCGAAAUCUAACGCAGACGGGAUAUCAGUACGUGAACAUAUUGAUGGAUCUAAGGGGCUAUGAGUUUCGAGUGCCUGUCUUUCAGGAUGCCCUAAGUGUGUUUCAGCUCAAAAACGGUCGUCUAUCAGGGUCCCUGGGUCAUCUGCUGGCCACCUACGUGCACCAGAGAAAGGGGCGUCUCCGCCUGGAGCCGGUCGCCGAUGUGGACUGGUUUAACUACCCGGAGCACCUGAUGCUGGCCGCUGCCCGCGGCGAAAUCGAGAUGGGCGUUCAUCCGUAUUCGCCAAUGCAGCCGGGCUCCUCGUUGACGAGCGGCAGUUUCACGGUGGGCAUUACCAAAACCUGUGUGUUAGUGCCGUGGCAGCGCGUAUCGCCUGCGGCCAGAUUCAUGCUGAUGACUGCCUGUGUGAAUGGUCCGUUUUUCCUGGUACUCCUCCUAGCGAUGACCGUAUCCUGGAGGCUGUUGGGUGGGCAGGGCCGACGGGGCAUUCACCUCGCGCUGGUGACCAUCUUCCAACAAUCGCUGCCGAGCAGAGAAUUCCUGCGACUGGCGCAGUCCUACAAGUACAUCCAUGUUGCCAUACUCUUCGGAUGCUUUAUAUUGUGGUCAAAGCGCACGGCAAAUCUGUCAUCGGUCUUUACCUCGCAGAUGCUUGGGUCGCAGAUCGAAACCGCUAAAGAUUUUCUGGCUACGCCUUUACGUUUAAUGUUAACGGAAACGGAAGUGGAAAUGUAUUUCACCGCCGGACUUCUGCCUUCGGCGCUGAGGCCUCGCCUCCUGGUGGUCAACAAAACGACGCUGAUGGAGCACCUGGGCAGUUUGAAUACCAGCUACGCCUACUGCACCACCUCGGAGUACUGGAAUUUGAUUGUGUUGAAGCAAUGGCGAAUGUACCGCCCAUUAUUCCGACGGGCUUCAAAGAUGUGCACCACGCCGCAAAUACUGCGAUUUCCCAUCCAGAAGAAUUCGCCCUUCGACUUCAACUUCUACCGCUUUCGCUCUGAUGCGCUGCAAUUUGGCUUUUUGACGCAUUGGUUGAGGCAAAGCAUUCGGGAGGCGACUGAAUUGGGCCUAGUUGUUAAUCUGACCGACGAAUAUCAGCCUUUUCAGAGCCUGACUCUAAUGGACAUCGAGAAGCUAAUAAAACUAUACAUUAUUUGCUUGCCCCCGGGCCAAUAUCUAAGUGAAAACACAGAUCAACAGUACGACAAUCAGCAGAGAAACAGGCCCAGACCCCACAGACUCACAUCCGCACUCAGGAACACAUAUUCCCAUUUCCACUUCCACGUCCACAUCCACAUCCCCAUCCACAUCCACUCCCUUUCCAAUCCCAAAAAUCGCACCUGCAACGUAGGCAACAUGAGACAAGGCAAAGGUAAAGGCAAAGGCAAAGACAAGGCCAAAGGCCCCAAGGCAUCUGCACCGGAGAAAAAUCGUGAUCUAAAUCUAAAGGUUUAA